GUAGGAAGUAACUAGCUAGGAAGUCUUCAAGAAUGCAUUUGGCUAAUUAGCGCUCAAGCGAACUACGCGUCGUUUCUGUUUUGAUAUACCUCAGCGGUCGAGAUCCCUAUAGGAAGACCACUCUCCGUGCAUCCAAUAAUUGAAGUGUUGUAGAAUCUUAUCUGAUCAAAAUGAGUCUACAGUGGACGGCCGUGGCCACAUUCCUUUAUGCGGAGGUCUUCUUUGUGUUGCUUCUGUGUGUGCCCUUCAUCUCCCCCAAGAGAUGGAGUAAGAUCUUCAAAUCUCGUCUGGUUCAAACUAUUGCAUAUUAUGGAAACACCUCCUUCAUUGUAGCCAUUGCCAUUCUAGUUUUCUUACUAAUUGAUGCGUUCAGGGAGGUGCGAAAGUACAGUGUGACUGAGAAGGUGGACCUGACCAACAACCCAGUGGCUGUAGAUCACAUUCACAUGAAGUUGUUCAGAGCCCAGAGGAAUGAGUACAUUGCUGGCUUCGCCCUGCUCCUGUGUGUGUUGCUGAGGCGACUGGCAACCCUGCUCUCUCAGCAGGCCACUUUGAUGGCUUCCAACGAGGCCUUCAAGAAGCAAGCCGAGGGAGCCAGUGAUGCUGCCAAGAAGUACAUGCAGGAGAAUGAGGAUCUGCAGGCGAAACUAAAGGAUGCCGGCGUCGCUGUCCCAGAAGUGGGCAAGAAGCCAUCUGGAGUUGGAGUGCAGGAGGAAAACAAGACGUUGAAGGCAGAGGUGCGCUCUCUGAAGGAUGAGCUGGAAGCCACAAAGAAAGUCCUCCUGAAGUCUGACGGUGACGUGAAGGCAAUGAAGAAGCAGGCGGAGAACCUGACUGUGGAGUAUGACCGCCUGCUCAAUGAACAUUCCAAGCUGCAGGCAAGCAGUGAUGCUCAAUCGCAGGACAAAAAGUCCAACUGAUCGGGAGAGAAGUGUUGACGUGCUCGUACCAUCCGCCGUCAACAGCCACCCACCACCACUGCUUUACACAGGAAGUCAUUAGGUGCUGAAUGUGCAGACCUGCAGGAGGAGGAUUUGGUUUAUCUGCCUUUAAAGCCUCGCUACUCUGUUGUGGCGCACAAUGGAUAGCCAUGUUUUUUUGUAUGGUUUGCCUCCAUUUGUGAAACCACCAUGUACUUUAUAUCUGUACUUAGCUGUUUUCAUUCCAUUUGAAAUUAAAUGAACGAAUUGCACAUCUGAACAGAUGAUCCUCUUUGUAUUUGAGAAGGCUACGUCCCCUGUUGGAUGUCUGAUUUUACUACUUUAGUUGUUCAACCAAUGUAUCUAUUCUGAGGGGACCUGGUAACAGUUGUCCAUGUCACAAAUAUUCCGAUAUCUGAUAGAAAAUAUGUAGUUGCGAGUCACCUUUGGACUUACUGUAAGGUGUGGUUUAACAUCUUAUUCCUAUUUGUCAAUUCUUCAUGUUUUGAAUGUAAUCUGUGUUACCUGUUACAGUAUGAGGCAGACCCUACUGUCAUUAAGGGCAUCAUAUUGUAUGGGUGGGAAUCUGCAUAUGCUCCUUUGAUGGAAAGCAGUUCAUUUUCACUCAUGUAAUUAGGCCCAUUUCAUGCUUUUGACUGAACAAAUCUGUGAUUUGGCACAUCUUGUUCUUUGAAGCCCUUAUCCACUUGCUUUGUUUGAAAAUUAUUAAGUUCCUUUUACCUCGUCUGACUGCACACUUCUGUAUUGGAGAAGUGCCUCAGGCACAUGGUGUGACGAACUUGUACCACUCAAAUCACUAAGCCUGCAUAACAUGAUAUGAGAUGAGCUAUAUUGGAAUGUAGGGCUUCAUGGCGUCCUUCCAUUUGAAGUCAGUUUGCCUCUCUCUCAUUGGUUGAGAUGGCAUUUAAAAACACGGUUGGUUCAGUCUUUCAAAUGUUAGACACGAUGUAGUCUUUAAAUUCUGAUAUUUGAAAGAAUGUUGGAAAUUUGUUUAUUAAACUUCUUUGCGAUCUCACACCCUGUCUUUUCUUUCCUGUUUUCCCACCUGCUGAUCAUAGAAUGGUCUAUUUGGAGUGCUUCGCCCGCCAUUUUGAAUUUAAUUGGAGGGGAUAUUUUAUGAACUGCAUAAUAAGCUUUCCCUGCCUGUAGAUCCAAUUUGACAACUGGCCUUUCACCAGGUGACAGUAGAAUAUAUAUAUAGCCUGGUAACUUGCUGAAAUUAGUGCUUUGGGUCAUCUGAGGAAUUACAUCAUGAAUUGUUGUACCAGGUAAAAAUGGGGACUCCUUCAGGGGAGAUGGUAACCUGUCGGGGUCUGUCUGUUGUACGAGAAAUUCUUAGUUUGUGGUGAUAUUAACAUGCCUAAGAACAGUACACUAUUCAUCCAUGUUUAUAUGUAAUAUCAGUGUUUAGUUACCUUCAUUUAUAAUGCACCCUUUACAAGGUCGCCGAGCAGGCCAAUACUCGUUUUAAAGGUUCUAUGUAUUUGACCAUUUCUUUUGCUUUCAUCUAUUUUCUUGUGGGCGAGGGGUUUGUUUUGAUGAACUAUUUACAGUAGGUGGUAGAUGUCUGGAAGCCAUCUGAUUUUUAAAUGCCACUUAUUUCCCCUCAUUACAUUGUCAGUUUUUCCAUUUUGUCAGACACUGGUGAUAUUCAUUCCUUAGUCCAAGGGCUUUUGAAAUUCAUAUUCUCAACAGAGAAGAUGAGUCUCAAAGGUUUUGCAGAUUUUGUCCUUGCUGUUUAGUCAUUGACUCUUGAUGAUAUUAAUUCUAUUAUAUAAUCUCAUUUGGUGGCCUUAAAAGUGAUGUCAUUUAACUGACCUAUUUUUGCAUGAUGACUUUCUCACAAGAGAACUGCAUUUACACAUCGUAUGAUCUUCUACUGUCCUUUCAAGAAAUGUUGGCUAAUUAUGUCACAAAGUUUUCCCCUUCUCUUGGAGGGAAGAAGUUUGCUGUUUCAUUAUAACUAAAUGUAUUUUUUUGGAUUACAGCAUCUUUGCAGUCAACUACAUGUAUGAACAUGGUCAAUGCUGUUGGUGUGUAAUGCAAAAUAAAUAUAUUUCUCAACAAUG